AUGGCAGCGGUCGAUGUCUUACGGUACUGCGGAGAUCGUCCAGAGAACGAUUAUGGGUUGCAUACGACUCAGCCUUGGACGAUUGGGUGGGAUGAGGAGGACACGCGGAUAAGGCUGAAGUUCAUUGCAAGAGCAUGGAUGGCAGCGGGUACCUCAAAGGCACAGGAUGCAUAUCAAGCAAAACUGAAUAAACUUCCGAAUCUGGCACCUACGUGGCCCUGCAGAUUGGACGAAAAGCCUCUGAACAUUCCAACUCCAAAAUGCCUGCCUCGAAUAUCCCAACCAAGUGACGAAGUAGCCGACUUGCACGACUCCGAGGCACUUGCCAGAAGGCACACCCACACCCCCAACUCGAUCGAGACUUUUACCGCCGCCUCAGUAAAUAAGCAUUCCGACCCUUCAUUGUUUGGGAACCCCACUAUGGCUCCGCCUAUUGACUUUCAGUCGGGUGACGGAUUCAAGCAAGCAGCAGGCAAGAAGGCCAAGAAAGCUGCAAAGAGCGCUGCUAAAGCAAAGUGGGGUGGCGAUGAGGAUGAGGAUGGUAACAAGAAGGAGGAAGGAGAAGAAGGUGGUGGAGGUGACAAAGAUGGGGAUAUUGGUGCCGGUGGGGAUGGUGAUAAGAAGGAUGAGGGAAAUGGUGAUGGUGACGGGGCCGGUGAUGCUCCUCCUGCCGAUGACUGGGAUAGUUUUGCACCCGCAAAGUCUAAGAAGAAGGGGAAGAAGGGCAAAACGGAAGAUCCCCCGGCUGCACCAGCCACAGAAAAGUUUGACGCUUUUCACGAGAUUAAGUUGGACGAUACAGGCCCUAUGCUGGACCUAAGCUUUGAUACAGGGACGAAGGCUAGUGCGUCUGGAUUUGGUGCUUGGGGCAGUAGUUGGGAUACAGGGGCAAAGUCGAACACCUGGGAUUUUUCUGCAACAGAUGCACCCCCUGAUACAAAGACUAAAGAUAAGGAAGCCGACGGCAAUCCAUGGAGUCUCGAUCGUGGCAAGCCGAAGAAGAAGGGUACAGGGUUCUCUUUUGGGUCUCUUGACGAAGAGGAGACCAAAGCAGAAGAGGCUCCAGCAGAAAAGAAAGAGGACGAUACAUUUGACUUCGGUUUUACUUCUGUCUCGAAAAAUGACAAGAAGAAGAAGAAGAAGGGUGGCUUAGCAGAAAUCGAAGAGCCCAAAGAUGAGCCAAUUACAGUCGUCGAACCUGCUGCUGAAGAUGAUUGGGGAGGAGGUUGGGGAGCUCCCAAAACCAAGAAGAAAGGCAAGAAAGGUGAUCCAGAACCCCCAAAAGUCGAACCGAAAGUGGAAGAGCCAGAGGCACCCGCAGAUGACGGAUGGGGCUCUUUCAGUACCGGCAAGAAGGACAAGAAAAAGAAGGGAAAGGGGGUUGUAGAGGAAGCGCCUGUCAAGAUUGAGGAAGUGAUCGAACCGGAACCGGUUGUCGAGGCCGCAACUGACGAUACUGGAGGAUGGGGCUCCUUUGGAAACAGUAAGAAAGACAAGAAAAAGAAGGGAAAGGUGGAAGCUGAGGAACCAGCUAAGGUUGAGAAGGUUGAAGAAACACCUGUGGAGCCUGAUCCCCCAGCUGACGAUUUCGGUUGGACUCCCAUGGCUACAUCGAAAAAGGACAAGAAAAAAAAGGGGAAAGCCAUUGUGGAAGAGCCCGCCAAAGUUGAGGAAAUCCCCGCACCCGAACCGGAGCCAGCCCCAACUGAUGAUGGAUGGGGCUCAUUCUCAACAUCUAAGAAAGACAAGAAAAAGAAGGGCAAGGGAAAAGAGGAACCUGUUCCUGAGCCGGUCAAAGAGGAACCCCCUGCUCCCGAUCCCGAGCCUGAGCCCGAGCCUGAGCCUCAGCCUGAGCCAGCAGACGAUUUUGGAUGGAGCUCAUUCGGCACUUCAAAAAAGGACACGAAGAAAAAAGGAAAGGCUGGAAAAGAAGAUCCUCCCAAAGUCGAGGAGCCACCUCCAGAACCAGCUCCAGAACCGCCAGCCGACGACUUUGGAUUUAGCACAUUCGGUUCGAAGAAGGACAAGAAGAAAAAGGGUAAGGGUGCCGCGAAGGAGCCAGUCAAAGUGGAAGAACCACCGCCACCGCCACCGCCCGCCGAUCCUGAACCAGAUCCUCUCGAUGAUUUUGGAUGGGGUGUUUCGAGCAAGAAGGACAAGAAAGGGAAAAAGGGAAAGGAGGAAGAGCCAGCCAAGGUUGAGGAGGUCACUCCCGAGCCAGAAAAAGCAGCCGAAGACGACUGGGCAAACUGGGGCACAGCUGCAAAAAAGGACAAGAAGAAAGGUGGCAAAACCAAAGAGGCAACCCCUCCACCAGAUCCUGAACCAGCCCCCAUUGUCGAAGCUGUCGAAGAACCCGAGAACGACAGCUGGAUGGAUUGGGGUCAGAAGAAAGACAAGAAAAAGGGCAAAGGCUCAAAGGCCUUAGACGACGAACCUGAGCGACCUCCAACACCACCUCCUGCUGUUCCUGAAGUGGGAGAUGCUCCUGCCGAAGAUGAUUUCUUCGACUCCUGGGGGACAACGGCGAAGAAGGACAAGAAAAAGAAGGGCAAGGAUUCUACAUUAGCCUCGCCUGAAGCCUCAUUUCACAUCGACAACUCUAUACAGCCCGACGCUAUUGAGGAGCCAAAAACCAACGACAUUUGGGGUACUGCGCCGUCCAAGAAAGACAAGAAGAAGGGCAAAGGCAAAAAUGUCCCAAUUGAAGUCGUUGAGGAGCCACCUCCUCCCGAGCCAGAGGUAGUCGAAGAACCUAAAGCUGAAGAGAGCAGCUGGGGGACUUGGGGCACAGCAUCAAAAAAGGACAAGAAGGGCAAGAAGGAGAAACUCUCCGAUCCACCACCCCCCGCUCCAACUCCUCCAGCUAUGGACCUUACAGAACCCGAGGCAGACCCCUGGGGAGACCUUGGCGACAGUAUUAGCAAAACCAAGUCUAAGGAGGAACCCCCUAAAAAGCUCUCAAAAAAGGAGCAAAAAGAGGCCGACAAGCUGGCGAAGAAGAAAGCUGAACAAGAGGAGGCUGAAGCACAAGCCAAGGCGGAAGAAGAAGCUGCAGAGAACGCUCGAAUUGAGGAAGAAGAGGCUAAAGCCAAGGAAGAAGAGGCUAAAGCUCAAGAAGAGGCUGCAGCAAAGGCCAAAGAGGAAAAGAAGCCCAAAUUGAGCAAGAAAGAGCAGAAAAAAGCUGAUGAGGCUGCCGCCAAAAAGAAGAAGGCCGACGAGGCUGAAGCUGCUUCAAAAGCAGCCGAGGAGGAGGCUGCUCAAGCGCAGGCGGCCGAAGAACUAGCUGCCGCGGAACGGGAGGCCGAGGAACAAGCUGCCAAAGAAAAGGAGCAGCUUGCCGAUACUAAGAAAUCGAAGAAAGACAAAAAGGGGAAAAAGGGGUCCAAAGAAAAAGAACCUGAGCCCGAGCCAGAACCUGAGCCAGAGGCAGAACCAGAGGCACUUAUUGAUUUCAUCGACGUGCCUAAGGAAGAAAUUGUGGUGGAGGACAAGUCAGCCGUGUUUGGAUUCUGGGGAGCAACUAAAAAAUCGAGCAAGGGUACUGAGGCUGCCAAAAAGGAGGCGUUCUCGGCUACGGGAGGAGAUGAGAUUGCGGCUGACAAAUCAAAGCUUCCAGAAGCUACUAAAUCCAAGGACACGACAACCUCUCUGAAGUCGUCAGCAAUGAAGGCGUCUGCCUUGAGUAAGAAACCUGUCGGUGGAAAGAUCGCGGAUCGCUUGAAAGCUUUUGAGGCACAGAAAGAGGUAGAAGCACCUGCCCCGCCCCCUCCUCCUCCGCCGCCACCCUCGCCACCUCCACCACCUAAGGACGAUAAAAAGAAGUCCAAAUCUUCCUCCGCGGCAAAAGCCCAGGCCAAAAAAGACAAGGAGGCUGCCGAGGAGAAGAGCCCGUUGCAAAAGAAGUUGUCUAAAACCAAAGAAGUACCCGGUAGCUUUCCCACUGAUUUCGGUGAUGAGGACUUGCUGGACCUAGAUAUGCCUACUGAACCCAUACCAAGUAAGAAGAGCAAGUCAUCCAGUAGAGAAAAAGAGCCCAAGGAAAAGGCUCCUCCUGCUGGCCCUCCCACACCACCACCCGAGCCCAAGUCGUCGUCGUCGAAGAAGGAACGUCCUCGCGUUGUUCGCGAUGGCACUUCUUGGGGCGCAUGGGGUGCUGCCCCACGGAAAGACGAGAAAGAGAAGGACAAGAAGUCAUCCAAAGACCGGAAACCCGAUGAUCCUCCAAAGGACGAGAAGAAGUCCAAGGAUUCCGAUUUGAAGCGAUCAAAGUCAAGCAAAAAGUCCCAGAAAGAAGAGAAAUCGUCGUCUAAAGACUCGGCAUCAGACAAGGCUGAUCGACCACCGAAGUCACGAGGUAUCUCGAGCAUGUUCAGCAGUGCGCCUCCAUUGUCGAGGUCAAAGUCUACUUCGGAAAGACGAUCAAGCACAACUACUCGGACAAGUUCUCGUCGACAGUCCGUCGCGGAAGGAAACGGUAUUCUAUCACCACCUCCCGACGACAUGAAAAGUCCUCCCGAGAUGUCCGCAAAAGCUGCAAAGAUGCUUGGUCUAACACCCGGAAAGAUGGCGAGAAGCAAAUCCGAAAAACACAGCAAAUCACGUGGUCUCGAUGAUGACGACAUUGUCAUGGUUGGAGGUAAUGAGGAUAUCAUGGGCCCAGUGGAGACCAGCCGUGACCGGAAAAGAAAAUCAAAGGUAAUUGCAGAUCCAAUUUUCCGAGGCGCCCCGCCACCAGCAGUGCCAAUGCCACCAUCAUCUGGAGACAACGAUAUGCCAUUUCGACGAAUGUCAGCUGCUAAUGCCAGAAACUUUAAGCAGGCAAAACAACAGGACGAUGAUAUUGUGAUGGUCGAUGCGGGAGGCCCAUCUGAAAAUGUGCCAUCUUUGAAGAGAUCUGAUUCUAGCGCCAAGAAAGCAGGUGGUAUUGGUGGGAUGUUUGGUGGACUCCUAUCGAAAUCCCGUCCGGACAACAAGCGCCGUAGUACUGCUCUGACUGACGACGAAGGUGCCCGCGGCCUUCGACGGGAAGAGCGGAAGAUCAAACGACCAGCCAGGGACCGCUCACUUGGUAUCGAUGCCGAUAUGACAAUGACCGGUGGAGCUGCUGAAGAAGACCAAGAAGCAAGAAGGGCAGUUCGACGUGCAAAGCGAGCUGAGCGAGAAGCUGCCGAAGAUGCUCGAAAGGCAAAGGACGAGGAACGUCGUGAACGUCGUCGCAAGCAAGAUGAAGAACAAGAGGUUCGACGGCAAGAAGAAAAGGAUGCGAGACGCGCAGCUAGACGCGAGCAGAAAUUGCGAGAAGAAGCCGAUCGUGUUGCUGCCGAAGCAAAGGAAGCCGAACGUUCAGAACGACGCCGUGCCCGAAAAGCCGAAAGAGAGGCUACCCAUACGGACGGUGAGCCUCUCACCGAAGAUCCAGAGCGGAGGAAAAGAUCUCACCGACGGACGUCAACUAUGGAUGGUGCAGUCGAAGAUAAGGAGGAACGCCGCAGGAGACGAGAAGAGCGACAUGCCAUGCGAUCCUCGGAUGCUCCAAAGACUAGCCGUCGCAAAUCAGCACCCAUUGUGGACAGCUAUUUUGACCCUCGAAACGGAAGCAAAUCCCGCGGCACAGAACCCGAAUAUCUUCCUGUAGAUGGUCCCGUUUACAAGGAUGCGAAGCGUAAGAAGGAGAAGCCCGGAUGGCCCCAUUCUGGGACAGAUUCUUGGGUCAAGGACCACACAGAUGCGCCGCCACCACCCGAUGAUACUCCGGCAGAUGGGGCUGGUGUGGAUGACACUACUGCGGAUGAGAACGUAAGGCGAACCUUGAGGAAGUCGCGACGACACUCUAAGUACGACGAGGGGGCCGCUGAUGACCAGGAAGAGCGGAGACGGAGACGAGAGGACAGACGACGCGCGGGGACUGUGAAGAGCAGCGAAGGCAGUCAGGGUGAUGGGCGCAGGUCGAGCCGCCGAGAUUCUGGUUUCAUUGAAACUACGCCCAGAUCUAGGGGCCCCAGCGCUUCUGGGGGUAUUUUCAGUCGGUGGAAAAAGAUUGCUGGCGUCUAG